UACGUAUGUGCUCUUCGCUCUUCUGUGUCACAACUCACAACCCGUGACUUACAAGAAGAAAGUCUAGUCACUAGCUUCUCAGGACCCAGUGCCUCAGGAUUUCAAAAUUUUCAAACCGAAAAUCUUCGCUUUUCUUACCGGUACGGUGUGGUGUCAACAGUUUUCCUCGAACAAAAAUCUCUCCGAAGAGUGUGAGAAUAGCAUUGUUGGUGAGAGUGCUUCCUCCCAUACCACAUUCAAUUCGUCAAACCCGACAUUCGGGAUGAACAGAAGAGGAGCGCGAAAGAAAAGAUAAUAGCUUCCGAACAGUCCAAACCGAUAGUCAGUUUCAAUGACACUGGUGCCUUUUUGGAUGAGCGAAGGUCGUUCUCGCGUCUACACCAAAACCGUCGCUCUGAUUGUUGUUCUUGGCGUCGUGGUCAUUGGGAACAAUCCUCCGCUUUGGUGUGUGGCCUACGAAAUCUGCGGUGGAGACAAAACCGCUGUAAAUUCUACAAAAAGGAACGGCGAUGGCAGAAAAGUCUGGUAUUGCCCUGCAGGGAACACCUGUUGCCGAAUGGCAGCAACGGGCGGCAUCCGCGAUGGGAUCGACAGUAGUGUUUCCUGGGGUUGCAUCGCCUCCGAUAUGGGGGCGAAAAAUGCGACGUGUUGUACCGAUGACAUUGGCGAGAGCAACACCGGGUGUCCCGCCGGAUACCAAUGCCGCCGCAGAGAGUCUUGGCAUCGGAACGCUGCCAACGGAUCUCAGUCACAAUCUCUCGUUGCUUCGCACGAUUGCUUCUUAGCCGAGACCGAGACCGGUCACUACGACCCGCUGAUGCAAGUACUUCCCCGGUAUCGGUUGUGUCGAGCGGAAGCAAGCAACCAACGAUUAUACGGUCUACCGGUGUCGCCAUCUCUGGCAUUAGGCGACGCAAAGGAGGAACGGGGUUCUCUCAACGCAACAGGCAAGCUGGCCUAUUACUCCAAUCUUGGACCUAUCGACGACCGGGGCAACUACCCUCUCUUGUCGGGGGUGGAAAUGGCUCUUGUCGUCGUCCAUGGAGCAAAUCGCAACGGGGACGAUUACUUUUGUUCCGCCAAGGCGACGAUCGAUUUGCAACACCGCUUUGGGGACACAAUCAAGAAAGCGCAACCCGCCAACGGUUCUACCAAAGAGAGAAGGAUACUGGUGGUUGCACCCGUAUUUCUGCCAACUCCUUCGCCCACAGGUGAUCUUUCCGGUGCUUCUCAGGGAGGACGACACCAUCCACUGUCCUUUUUGUUCUGGGAUGAAGCCGGUGACAGGGACGGCUCGUGGAGAUACGGAGCCGACGCUUCGGGGCCUCUCCCGGGAAUUUCGUCAUAUGAUGCAAUGGAUGCGAUCGUUUUGAACCUGCGCCGAUCCGGGCUCUUUCCCAACCUACGCCGAAUUGCUCUCGUCGGACACUCGAGCGGGGGCCAGUUGGUUCAGCGCUGGAGCCUGCUCACACCAUCAGAGGUGUGGCCGCCACCGCUGUCUUCGUCAUCUCCGACCAAUGUUCUGGAGGACUCGAUUGAUUCGGCCUCGAAACCAAAAAUAAAACCGAGGAGAUUAUCCGGUACAAUACCUGUUGCCCCUUCCAAGAACGACGAUGCCGAUGCCGAUUCUUCCAUCACUAUCCAUGCGGUUGUUGCCAACCCCAGCAACUAUGUCUAUUUUACGCCCUUGCGAUUCUUCAACGACAAUAACGGUAGCAUCCAGAAUAGAAACAGGAACAGGAAGAACAGCAAUGAAUAUCUACGCCGUAGCAACAAUCAGACCAUGCAGAAUACACCGUGGAGACUGCCUUUCGUACACCAAAAUGGAAACGAUGCGAAUGACAACGACGACAACUCCUACGAGAACUGCCCCUUUUACAACCGUUGGGAGUACGGAUUGGACGAUGGUGGACCCAUGGAUGUUCCGUAUCUGCAACGGGCAAUAGCCAGAGAUUCAAAAUCCAGACUCGUUGACCGGUACUUGACGGAACGAUCAGUCUCGUACCUCGUUGGGGACCUGGAUCGCUGCGACGGGAACCAGCCUUGCGAGUCCCAUGGACUCGAAACCACCUGUGCGGACGAACUCCAGGGAAGGAAUCGGUACGAACGAAACGCUCGGUACAUGGCAUCGCUUCGGCUCGGCAGUGGUUUCCGUCGGCAGCGCGCGACCGAUCACACCCGAGAUGGUGGUUUUGCCAGAGCCGGCAGUUCCUCUUCUGCCCGGUGGACGAGCCGCCGAACCAAUGCCAGUGAUUUAAUCAGCCACCAUCAUCGCCGGGCAGUCGUCCCAAACGUCGGGCACGACCAUGCGAUGAUGUUCCAGAGCGAACAAGGCAUCGAGGCGAUCUAUUAUGCAAGAGACACGGAAGAAAAGCCUCGUAUCCGGAGAAAAUCCUUAUCGGAGAAGACACUGUCCUGACAUGGAUUUCUUUCCAUUCCAGUAUGCUCGUGCACAACACGAUGAUCAUCGUAUCCUAAAGAGAAAAGGGGGGAAAUGCGUUUGGUCUGGUGCUCUCCUCAGAUAAUCUAACCCAUCUAC